AUGGCUUUCUCCCUUCCCCGCCUCUUUAACAUUCUGCUCUCUCUUCUCUCAUUUCUACACCAACCCUUAUUGUCCUCAGCUAAUCACUACGAAACAAAGUCCCUUCUUAGAUCACUAGAGAUUCCUGAACCUGAUGCCAUUGCCAAUGAGUUCAUUUCAACUUCGUCAAAUGCAACUCCUCCAACCACAUUCUUUGAGGUCACCAAGCCGAUUCAGCUUCCCAACACUAAACCCAUAAAAAAAUUGAUCCUCCUACAUGAUUUUGGUUACACAUAUGGGAAGCCACCAGUUCUGGCAGAGUACACUCCUCCCUCAAAUUCCCAGUCCCAGAGAUUUGAGAAAAUUGUUCUUGAAUGGACAGCCACUUGCAAAGGAAGGCAAUUUGAUAGGAUUUUUGGAGUUUGGCUUGGUGGGGUUGAGAUUUUCAGGAGCUGUACAGCUGAACCAAGGGCAACUGGGAUUGUCUGGACUGUUCAUAAGGACAUUACCAGGUAUUAUUCUUUGCUCAUGACUAACCAGACAUUAGCUGUUUUUCUGGGAAAUAUCGUUGAUGAUACUUAUACUGGGAUUUACCAUGUGAACAUUAGUAUGUACUUUUACCCUGCUGAAGAAAAAUAUGGUCUUGGUAAGCUGAAUGUUGAUAAUCAUGUCAAUGGGGCUGCUGAUUUGAUACUGCCCAUUUCAAGAAAUUUGCCAUUGAAUGAUGGGUUGUGGUUUCAAAUUCAGAAUUCUACUGAUGUGAAGUCAAAGAAAUUCAAGAUCCCACAAAAUGCUUACAGGGCUAUGUUGGAAGUUUAUGUUUCAUUUCAUGAAAAUGAUGAAUCUUGGUACACAAACUUUUACAAUGAGUACAUUGCAACAAAUAAUCUUACUGGAACACCAGGGAAUGGACCUUUUAGGGAAGUGCUUGUAAGCUUGGAUAGUGUUGUUGUUGGCUCAGUUUGGCCUUUCACUGUGGUUUAUACUGGGGGUAUCAAUCCCCUAUUGUGGAGACCAAUCACCGGUAUAGGUUCAUUUGAUUUGCCAUCUUACAACAUUGAAAUGACCCCAUUUUUGGGAAACAUACUGGAUGCAAAGACUCAUAUUUUGGAGUUCCGUGUUACAAAUGCUUUGAAUGUUUGGUUCAUAGAUGCAAAUUUGCAUCUUUGGUUGGACAAAAAGGGCUCGAAGACAGAAGGAAAACUAACAAGCUUAAAUGUCAGUCUUCUAUCCUUAUCUUUCGCUUCGAGCUUCAAAGGUUUUGAUGGAACAUUUUCCAUGAACGUUAGCAAGACUAUAACAUCAUCAGGGUGGGUGAAGUCCUCCUAUGGUACCAUCAUCACCAGUGCAACUCAGAGAUUUAACUAUACUAACUUCAUGGUGCUGGGGAAAGAGGCAAAUAAGCAGAUUGUGAAUCAGACAAUUGAUUAUCAUGAAAAGGUAAUAGUUCAGAUGCCAUCUUCCUCUCAGACUAUAGUUGAAUCACAGAAAAGCUUUCCGCUUUACUUGUACACCGAUAUCGUGGAUCAUGGAAAUGGAAGCUAUACUGCCGUGUCAAAUGUAUCUCUAGGCCUCAACGCGAAUAAGGAAAAGAAAUCUGAUCAGGGAUUCGCCGGCAGCUCUUUGAAAAAUUUGCAGAAGGCACAAGGUACUAUGCUUGUGAAAGGAAAUCUGGUUGUUAGUGGCUUGGGGACUACAGAACAAACAUACAGCUACAAGGAUAACACAUCAUGCUAUUUCAGGAACAUCAGUAGCUCAAACUACUCCAUCAUUUACGAUGAAGUGAGCACUAGUUGCCGUGAAAGACAGAAGUUGCAUUUGCCUUAUGGCAUUGGCCUUCACAAAAUUUGA